AUGGGGAAAAGUAGGGCAGAACCCGCUUACUACGCGGUGGCUCGUGGACGUAAAACUGGAAUUUUCAACUCAUGGAGUGAUACCGUUCCCAAUGUUUCUGGAUAUGCCAACAGUCGUUACAAAAAGUUUAAAACAUACGACGAAGCCAAAGCAUUUUGUGAAUCAGGAGGUAACUAUAGCGGCCCAUCCAAUUCUUCUUUGACCCAAUCGUCACAUUCUAAGUCUAGCAAGAGCCCAGCCUUGUAUGCUCCUUAUUCUUAUAAUCAAAAGUCUUCUUCUCUCACUAGAAGCGGCGCAUCCUCAAAGAACGAAUCUUCUACCAAAUGUCUUUCUUUGGAAAAUCCAUCUUCUCGUCCAAAUAUUUCUGUUCCUGCUAUCUAUCACAAACGAGCAGGCGUCUCCAAUCCUGAAAUCGUUUACACUGAUGGAUCGAGUUUAGGAAACGGAAAACAUGGUGCUGCCGCUGGCUAUGGUGUAUACUUUGGACCCGGAGACCCAAGGAAUCAUUCUGAACGACUUCUCGCAGGUGAGCAAACAAACAAUCGAGCGGAGCUUCAAGCCAUCAUCCAUGCUCUAGAAAAUACGAGCGGCGACGUUAUUAUCCGUGCAGAUAGCAAGUACUCCAUCCAGGCUUUAACUGUAUGGAACCAAAAGUGGAAAAAAACAAAUUAUAUGACUAGUUCUUCUACACCAGUGAAGAAUGUUGACUUAAUUACUCGGGCUACGCAUCUUAUGGAAGACAGGAAUGUUAAGUUAGAGUAUGUAGAAGGCCAUAGCAGUGACUAUGGAAAUCAGCAGGCUGAUCUUCUAGCUCGAAGGGCUGCUGCUUUAUGA